CCAACUCACACCCACAAUGGCUUCAAUCGCCAACAGGUCGUCUCUGUUUGAGUCCCCACUAGUUCCUAGAUCAUCUCAGCAGUGGAAGGCCGCUCUUCAGGGCGUUAAGCUCCUGUAUGUCCAGCGCCAGUACAAGCAAUGUGCUGCCCGGGCCACGGAACUGCUCGAGAAGUCAAGAGAACCUCUGCACCCCGUCUACAAGACAUACCUAUAUUUCUACAGUGCAGUCUGCUACGAGGAGAUGGGGCGAGCCGCUCACAAGUACUCCAGCACCAAGAUCCCACUGCUGCAAGGCGCGUUAGAUCGGUUUGAUAUCUGUAGCACCGUUCUGCCCUCUCCUAUACCAGCCUUGAGCCGCCCUUCGGAGGAGUCGAACUUCCCUUCCCUGGGAGAAAUCUCUUCACCUUCUGAAUGUUCAGACAGUCCCUCAACUAUAUGUAGCCUUGUCAGCAGCAUCACAGAUAUCAUCGACAAAACCAUUCAAUGGAAAGAAGAGGACCCGUUUAUCUCAGACAGUGAUUCCUGUUCAGAUACGGACAUUGGCACUAUGGCCACUGCUGCCUAUGACAGAGCAAACCAUCUGCUUGUUCCUCCUCCAUUGACACUUAGGAAGUCGUCCGAUGAGAUUCUUCCACUCGAGCCAGUCCUCCGUGAAUCAGGCUACACUGCAUUUCGGGGUGAGAGAUCAGAUCGAGCUCGUCUACCUCCUCCAUUGCCUAUCAAAAUUGUCCCUUGUGCAGUCACAGGAAAACACAAGAGAACUGUGGAUUCACCAUUAAACAACAGAGAUUCCCGACUAUGCACAGACGACUUACUCAUCAAUUUAAGUGAAAGAAAGAUUGUACCUGCGACACCACAGUACAGUGAUUCCAUCAGGCGCUACAACAGUAGUCUCCGAUCCUUGCGGGCUCAAAUCGACUCGAGCAUUAACUCAAUUCAUGUGCUUAUUGACGAACUUGAAGAGAAGCAGCAUACCCGCAAGAUGGCCAAGACUAUCAAGCGAUCGGCUUCAUUCUGGAGUUUCAGUCCUGUCCAAGGUGGUGAUGGAUGCUGGGAGAAGGUCGACGGCCCGAAGCGGUCCCCGGGCAAAGAGACUAAGCAAGAGAGAAUUGAUCGACUACGUGCUGAAGGGUGGAAGACAGUAGGACUCCGAUCUGCAGCGCGAGGAUGGAAAGGAGGAGAGUAUUACAAAGAUUAUUGCAGUUCUGUUUUGGAUGAGCUUUAUUUGGAGUCGUGA